UUUAGUUAUUUUCAACUUUCUUCAAACACUUCUCAUGCCUCGCAGCUAACACAAACCUCAAAGAAAUGGCAACACGACGCCAAUUUCUCAUCUCUUUACCCAAACAAUUCACAUCACUACUUCCUACCCACUUGUACUUUCACCAAUCUUUUUCAUCCUCUUCUCAUCCAACUAUUUCAUCUUCAUCAACAUCAACAUCAACAUCAAAUAAUCUAACAGUGGACAAAAUCCUACUGAAUUUGAAACUGGGUAAGUCUAAUUACUUUCACAAAAGCAGCAAUAUAUAUCAUUCUUUAACCCCUUUUGAUAUUGCUCAUGUUUUAUAUCAAUGCCGUGAAAAUCUCCAUUUGGGUUUAAAGUUUAUUGAUUUAUUAAUGUUUAAUUUUCCCAAUUUCAGACAUUCAACUCUUUCAUUUUGUGUUAUGGUGCAUUUUUUGGUUAGGGGUAGAAGGGCAUCAAAUGCUCAAGCUUUAAUUCUUAAAAUGGUUAGAAAAAGUGGGGUUUCUAGGGUAGAAAUAGUGGAUUCUUUAGUGGGUAGUUUUGAUCAAUGUGGUUCAAAUUUAAGUGUUUUUGAUUUGUUGAUUAGGACUUAUGUGCAAGCUAAGAGAUUAAGGGAAGCGGCUGAGGUUUUUGAAUUGUUGAUUAGUAAAGGUAUUUGUGUUUCAAUUAAUGCUUGUAAUAGUGUUCUUGGUGGGUUAGUGAAAGUUGGAUGGGUUGAUUUAGCAUGGGAAAUUUAUCAUAGAAUUGUUAAAUUUGGAGUUCAAGUGAAUGCUUUUACAUUGAAUAUAAUGGUUAAUGGUUUGUGCAAGGAGGGCAAGAUGGAAAAGGUGAAAUCUUUUUUGUUAGAAAUGGAAGGAAAAGGGAUUUUUGCUGAUAAUGUGACAUAUAAUACAUUGAUUAAUGCUUAUUGUAAGGAAGGCAAUGUAGAAAAAGCCUUAGAAAUGAUGGAAUUGAUGUCAAGGAAGGGGUUGAGGGCAGGUUUGUUUACCUAUAAUGCUAUAUUAAAAGGGUUUUGUAAGAUGGGAAAGUAUAGUAGGGCUAGGGAAAUGUUGGAUGAUAUGUGGGAAAAGGGGUUGAGUCCUGAUGCGGGUAGUUACAAUGCGUUGUUGAUCGAGUGUGGUAGGAAAGACAAUGUUGUGGAGGGUGAAGAAUUGUUUAACCAAAUGGUAAGUCAUGGGGUUUUGCCUGAUGUAGUUAGUUAUACAUCAUUGAUAAUUAUGUUUUCUAGAAAUGGAAAUCUCGAUCGAGCGAUGAUGUACUUUAAAGACAUGAAGGUGAAGGGGUUGGUGCCAGAUAGUGUUAUAUAUACCAUUCUUAUUGAUGGGUUCUGUAAAGCUGGAAUUGUUGCGGAAGCCUAUAGAAUGCGCAAUGAGAUGAUUGAACAAGGCUGUCUUAUGGAUGUUGUAACAUACAACACCAUUUUGAAUGGCUUGUGCAGAGAACAAAUGUUAAGUGAGGCUGAUCAGCUACUUGAUGAGAUGCUGCAAAGGGGUAUAUCUCCUGAUUUCUUCACUUAUACAACCCUUAUUCAUGGUUACUGUAAGGCUCGAAACAUGGACAAAGCAGUUGUAUUGUUUCAGACUAUGAUUCAGAGGAACCGAAAACCAGAUAUUGUAACAUAUAACACUUUGAUGGAUGGUUUUUGCAAAGAGGGUUUUUUGGAAAAAGCUAAUGAUUUAUGGGGUGAUAUGGUUCACCGAAAAAUAAAUCCUAAUCACAUUUCCUACGGUAUUCUCAUCAAUGGAAAUUGUAUUGUGGGGCGAAUCCACGCGGCUUUAAAGCUUUGGGAUGAAAUGGUUGAGAAAGGGAUUAUGCCAAAUAUUGUGACUUGUAACACCUUAGUUAAAGGUUUUUGCAUUUCUGGAGAUGCAGCAAAAGCAGAGGAGUUCGUGACAAAGAUGACAGCAGAGGGAACUUUUCCUGAUAAUGUCACAUACAAUACUCUAAUACAAGGAUACAUCAAGGAGGAGAAGACAGAUAGAGCAUUUGUUCUGCUUAAGAAAAUGGAGGAUCAGGGGAUAUUGCCUGAUGUAAUAUCCUACACUGUGAUACUGGAUGGGUUUUGUAGGCAAGCUAGAAUGGAAGAGGCAAAUUUGAUAUACAAAAGGAUGAUAGAAAGAGGUGUGGAUCCAGACAAAUCGACUUAUACAUCAUUGAUUAAUGGAUAUGUUAGUCAGGACAACCUGAAGGAGGCAUUCAGGCUCCAUGAUGAAAUGCUUCAAAGAGGAUUUGUGCCAGAUGACAAGUUCUGAUUCUCCUCUCAGAUGAGUGAAUCCGUUGGGUGGAUCACUGUCUCUAUGGUUAGGCUAUGAGAAACUCAAAUGAAACGUUGAUGGAUACUAUUAUAAGGUGAUUCAUGCGGGCCCGCAAGUUGGUGUGAAAUUUGCUCUCAAGUUUAAGGUAGUUUGCGGAAGUAUGAAAGUGUAUGCACCCUCUUAUAUGAGCAUCUUAGUUAUAUAUUUGAGGUAAUGAAUUGUGUUGGAUUAGAGAAAAUUCUAGAAGAGGAUCCAAUUUCAUCUCAACCUAUCAAGAAAUGUUAGAGGUUUUGUCUUAAUUUUUACAGUAUUGUCGUGAUUCCUAAAUUUUUAUGAUAAGUGCUUUUUGAAAUUCAUACAGUUAUUCUAGGUGCCAUUUUGGAUGUUGCUGAUCUGCAUUUACUUGGAUCCUUUUCAUUGAGCUGUGAUAUAAUAGUCUAUGCGCUGUGUUUAUAGGUGAUUCAUGCGGGCCCGCAAGUUGGUGUGAAAUUUGCUCUCAAGUUUAAGGUAGUUUGCGGAAGUAUGAAAGUGUAUGCACCCUCUUAUAUGAGCAUCUUAGUUAUAUAUUUGAGGUAAUGAAUUGUGUUGGAUUAGAGAAAAUUCUAGAAGAGGAUCCAAUUUCAUCUCAACCUAUCAAGAAAUGUUAGAGGUUUUGUCUUAAUUUUUACAGUAUUGUCGUGAUUCCUAAAUUUUUAUGAUAAGUGCUUUUUGAAAUUCAUACAGUUAUUCUAGGUGCCAUUUUGGAUGUUGCUGAUCUGCAUUUACUUGGAUCCUUUUCAUUGAGCUGUGAUAUAAUAGUCUAUGCGCUGUGUUUAUAGGUGAUUCAUGCGGGCCCGCAAGUUGGUGUGAAAUUUGCUCUCAAGUUUAAGGUAGUUUGCGGAAGUAUGAAAGUGUAUGCACCCUCUUAUAUGAGCAUCUUAGUUAUAUAUUUGAGGUAAUGAAUUGUGUUGGAUUAGAGAAAAUUCUAGAAGAGGAUCCAAUUUCAUCUCAACCUAUCAAGAAAUGUUAGAGGUUUUGUCUUAAUUUUUACAGUAUUGUCGUGAUUCCUAAAUUUUUAUGAUAAGUGCUUUUUGAAAUUCAUACAGUUAUUCUAGGUGCCAUUUUGGAUGUUGCUGAUCUGCAUUUACUUGGAUCCUUUUUCCUCUGGUUGCUACAAUUUGUUUGUACUGUUUUCACCAAUUAAUCAUGAAAUAUCUCUCUCUGCUUUGUCUUUAUAGGUGAUUCAUAUGGGCUAGUUGUUGUGAAGGUUGCUCUCAAGUUUGAGGUUGCGGGAGCAAAUAUAGAGGUUUCUGUACCCUCUAAUUAUUCGAGCAUCUUUAGGAGUCAGAUUUGUAUGGCACGAGAUUUUUUGCACUAUCUUUCGUCUCAGAUGUAAGCGUCAGUUGACAAAGAAAUUUCCAAGUCCUAUACGGGCAUUACGAAGCAACUUGAGAAGUUCCCUCGUCUCAUUUUUCAGAUUGACUGGAUGAGUGGUGACGCUCGGAUAAUCAACUUAAGGUGGUGAUUUUGUUCGUUUAAUAAGUUAGAACUGAUUAACGGAAAGGUCACGCCUAGGAGCCUUUUUUUUGAAGUGAAGACUUUAGCCUUAACGGUACACGUUAGUUGGACACUCCCUAAAACUGGCCCAACGAGUGAGCAGACUGCAGUAGUCUGGUCAGGUCAUUCUACGACAGUUAUCCGCCAAUAAUUGGUUGCAUGGACUCCGAUUGUUCAUACUAGCUACUCUGAAUUGGACAAAACAUGCAGUAGCCUAAAGGUACACUCUAGCUGACUGCACAACUCGAUCAUGUUCAGGCUGGAAAUUGUUCCUCUGAUCUUGUUCUUAUGGUAGGGCGAGGGAAAAUUGUCUACCUUAACACCAAGAAAUCGCGGGUUUUUUGUUGGUUGUGCCGAUUCUACUAUAUACUACUAAGGAAUUGUAUUACAUUCAAACUUAUCUACCAAAGAAAACUGUGAACAGGGUAUCUUAAUCAAAGUGCAAGUGUCAUGCAUGGAUGAAUACCAAUAGACUUUAUGAAUCUUUCUUUUUUCAGUUUCCUUCAUAGGAGUAUGUUAUUCAAUUCUAUCACCAGCUAGUCUCUUGAGAGACCGUCUUUUUGAGAGACAUAUUUCAAGCUUUGCUCAUUAAAGAUUAAUGUCUAUUUACCGUAUUCUUAAUGCCUAUUUAUAUUAUCCUUAAUGCUUACUUGUUGUAUUCUUAAUGCCUACUUUUAAUAUCU